ACAUGCUUGGAGCACAGCAUCUACAAAUCAUCAAAAUGCUUCUUGAGUGAAUGUCUGCAAAAUCCUUACAGCACUAAGACAAUCCUGUACAGUUACUAGCGACUAAGAUCACUGAACUGAAUUAGAACUGAACUGAACUGAAGAUGGCUGCCUAAAUCCAAAGAAACUGGAGUUAUGUUGGAGUUAUAGAGUUUAAUGUAUCCGUGAUGUUGUUGUUGUUGUUAUUAUUAUUUAAUGUGAUGAUGAUGAUGAUGAUGUCUAAAAUCACAGACACUAUUUAGGAUUUGGGAGAGCACGGAGAACACAGCGCUGUGGCAAUUUUCGAGGUUUUAAUUUCUCUGCGAGUCAAGGCAUAAACUGAUAACAAAAUUUAAUAUUGCCUUAAAUUAGUUAAGUUAUAUGAAUGAGGACAAGACGCAGGAGGGGGGCUGAGGUCGUAUUCACAAUGAGAGGGAGGGAACUGAUUGAUUGACAGAGGCCUGGGGCAGAUUAAAUACACAGGUGAGAUGCCUAUUUUAACUCUUUUUACAGCCGAGCCACUCCCUGCAAAGCUCCUUCCGUUGCACCGAGCGAAACACCCCGGUCCCCGACCAGAAGGGCACACAUCUUUCCUGAACAGAUGCCACUACUCUGAGGAGCUUGGAAGCGGAGCAUUACUGCCGCAAUCAAAGCCAUCAUCUGCAGAGGUCGGGCUCACGCGCUGGCACCAGGCGCGCCGCAGGGAUCGAGACCUGAGCCGCUGCGUGUGCGCGCAUAUGACCGAAGAGAGAGGAAAGGCUCGAGCAAACAAGGAGGAAGGAGGCGGAGAGAGAAGCGCCUGUGCCACCCUCACGGCCCCCGCCUGCCCGGACUCUCCAGUCCGCCCAGCAUGCAUCGCGGCGUAGUUUGAAUGGCGCUGGCUAAGCUGAGUGGGCCCCGGCGCUAGGACUCCACCGCCGCCCAAUUCUGCGGCUUCCCCCUGAGGCUGGGUCAGCACAGCACCGCCGCCCGCGGUUCUGGACCAUGAGCGGCUGCCGGGAUUUUGGAGAUUAUGGCAUCUGAAGCCCAAAAUGUUAGAAAACGGAACCUACUAUAUCCUGAGGGUCAUUCUGUUGAUCUCCCUAGAAAGAGGAGCUCUCAUUCCAUUAAUGAGAACAUGAAGGAGGGUAAGAAAUCUGCAAAACAUUUGGCUUUUUGCACAAGCAGAUCAACGGUUGGACAAACUGUGACCAACCCCCAUCCUCUCUUCAGAGUAGUAUAUUGCAAAAGAAAAGUUCACUAUCAUUCUCCAAAGCCUUGUUUCAGAAAGAAACAGCUCCCUAAAGUUGGGAGCUGUGACAUGGCAAAUAAGGAAAAUGAACUAGCAUGUGCAGGUAAUCUGCCAGCAAAAUUGCCUGCUGAUGGUCGCACAUUCUUACUGAACUCCACUGAUUCUGGUCGCUCUCAAACAGAGAGCCCUUCAUCAAGAUAUAGUGGGUUUUUUUCAGAGGUUUCUGAAGAUCACGAUACUAUGGCACAAGUCCUCUUUAGUAGAAAUCUGCGGCUGAAUGUAGCUUUAACCUUCUGGAGGAGGAGAAGUAUAAGUGAGCUUGUCGCCUAUUUAGUGAGGAUACAAGAUCUUGGUGUAGUGGUAGACUGCCUUCCUAUCCUUACAAGCAGCUUGCAGGAAGAAAAACCAUAUAUUUCUGUUGGCUGCUGUGUAGAUCUUCUGCCAUUAGUAAAAUCACUGCUUAAAAGCAAAUUUGAAGAAUAUGUGAUUGUUGGUUUAAACUGGCUUCAGGCUGUGAUUAAGAGAUGGUGGCCAGAGCUCUCUGCCCAUAAAGAAAAGAUAGAGGAUGGAAAUAUUCAGAUUUUAAAGGAACAAUUAAGUGGAUUGUGGGAACAAGAAAAUCGUCUUACUUUGGUCCCAGGAUAUACGGGUAACAUAGCAAAGGAUGUGGAUGCUUAUUUAUUACAGCUGCACUGACGUUCUUGGAAGACAGAAGUGUGUAUGUGUGCACUGAUGUGUGCGUAUUGGCUGGAAAAGCCCUUCAGUUAGCCCUGAACUGUGUACAGUUUCCAAAAGGACACCUCUUCUGAGAACUGUCUUAACAGAGGAGAACCAGACUUUCAGUACAGUUUAAUACAACUACUAAAAACUCAUCUGCUUCACAUUGAAGUGGAAAAAUUUCUAAUAGGAGCAACUUUUACUUCAGUGAGGUGAAAGUGCACUAUGAAAACUCUGUAUGCCUUUGCUGCAUUUGGGGAUUUGUUCAGUUACUUGAGGAAGUCAUGAAAGCACUACUAUGUUUCUACUGCAUCCUUGUAUAAAACAGCAAGACUAAAUCAUGAAGACAGAAUUGCAGAACCAGUUACUAGGAACCACAAGAGACCAGUCGCCAUAAAUAUUUUUUAAACAUUGUUUUUUCAAAUGGAUUGUAAAAAUGUGUGUAUUUUCAAGAUGUUAAAAUUUUGAAAUGUUUCCUGUAUUGAAGCUAUGAAACGUGUCUGCUAUAUUAAUCAAGAUAUUAAAGACUAUUUUUGUUGCACUACUGAGAAACUAUACCUAGCAAGAGGCCUUAAAUACUACUAUUGCAAUUAGCCAAUAUAAUAAAAAUCCUUAUAGCCAAUAUAUUAAGAUGCCGUAUAGAGGUAUGAAAACUCCUUAUUAAAAAGAAUCAGGGCGUUUAUACAAAUUGUGUACAAAUCAUUUUGCACACUUAAAUAUUUUAAGUGGAUAUUUCCACUGACUGACUACUUAUGUACAUGCAUGACAGUUGUGAGAGGACUAAAAUAUAGACAUGGAUGUGGAAAAAAGCUGAUUGUAAAUGUCAGCAGAAUGGUGAAUCUGUAAUAUCUUAAUAUAUUUUGUUUAUCAUUUACAUUAUCUGCAGUUGAGUAAACAAAGCAUUACUACUGUUUUCAUGUUUAAUUUCCAGGUCAUUUGACCUCUUCUGCUAUACUUACAACUCAUCCAACUCAUCCCGGACCUCUUCUGCUAUACUUAUAACUCCUACUCUAGAAAUGUUUACAGCCAGGGUAGGCCUGUGCUUUUCAGAUUUAAUAACGCAUUUGCUACCUCCUCUAACAAAUGUUGCUGCACAUCUUGCAAAUUAUAGCUGCCAUAUGGCCGUUUUCCUGACUUAAUAUUUAAACUCAAGAGGAAUGCAAUACUUUCAGUACAAAAGUUUACAGCUGUACUUUGUCUUACUAAUUUGUAAUAUUUUAGUUAAAGCUGCUGUGGCUUAUCAGCUAUAUUAAAAAAGAGAGAGAGAGCUUGAUGGGUUUUGUGGGAUGGCACCUUUUUCUUUUAUGUAACUAGUAAAUGCUUGUCCAAAUAAAAUUCUAUAAAGUGCCAGCUGUGCACUGAAAUGUAAA